AUGUCGAAGGAAUGCGGCAUAAAUGGAUGCACUUUCAAGCAUCAUCCCCUGUUGCACAAAGAGCUGAGCGUAACGUCUUCAACAGCUAAUAAUGAACAAGCAAACGAAGCACAGGCGUGCAACACUCAUCAGGGAGGAUCCAGUGCCAUCCUCUUUCGCUAUGUUCCGGUUGUAGUAUACGGUGAUGGUAACAGUGUACAUUGUUAUGCAUUCUUGGACGACGGAUCCUCGUUAACGCUAAUGGACCAAGACCUAGCUGAGGAGCUGAAUCUUUCAGGAGAGCCCAAUCCGCUAUGUCUCAAAUGGACAGGAGGUACACACCGUUCGGAAAACAACUCACAUAAGGUAGCGUUGGAUAUUUCUGGUCUUAAGGGUAAGCGUUUUCACUUUGAGAAUGUUCGAACAGUUAGUGAGCUUCAGCUACCACCUCAAUCACUCGAUGUUAAACAGCUUCAAUCUGAAUACCGUCAUCUUAGAGGUGUCCCUGCGCAAUCGUACCGAGACGUCCGCCCACGCCUGCUAAUCGGCGUUCAGCAUGCCUACGCGACACUCGUGCGAAAAAGCCGAGAAGGGAGGGUUGGUCAACCUAUUGCAAUAAACACCAAUCUUGGAUGGACUAUAUAUGGUGGAGCCCCAAACGGUCAAUCGAUGAGCAUGCUACACUACGCAUAUCAUGUCAAACAAUGCAAUCAUGAUGAUGUUGAUAAGAUCAACGACAAUAUGGAACGUGCGUUAAAAGAUUUUUUUGCUAUUGAGAGCUUAGGUGUUACUUCCUCUAAUAAGGAAAUCCGCUCUCAAGAUGAUGAACGGGCCAUUCAGCUUCUACAUGAUCUCACUCAGUUCAAUGGAAAGAGAUACGAAACAGGUUUAUUGUGGAGAAACAAUAAUGUAAAAUUGCCGGACAGCAAACCAAUGGCUUUAAAGCGAAUGUAUAGCAUGCAACGGCGCAUGGAAAAGGACCCAGACUUGGCGCGAAUUCUGGACGAAAAGCUGGCGGAUUAUCUAAAUAAGGGCUAUAUACGCAAACUUACCACCGCGGAGCUGGAGGAAAACCACAAACGUGUUUGGUACUUACCUGUAUUUCCAGUGACUAAUCCAAAUAAACCAGGCAAGUUCCGCGAGCAUAGUUUCGCAAUAUGCGGUGACAUUCGCGAAAUGUUCCACCAAGUUAAAAUUCGUAAUGAAGACCAGCACAGUCAGCGCUUCUUAUGGUGGGACAGCGAGGAUAGGAAAAAACUCAAUACCUAUGCGAUGCAGGUGAUGACGUUUGGGGCAUGCUGCUCACCCGCGAGCGCGCAAUUUAUAAAGAACCUGAACGCAGAGCGUUUCAGUGAAGAUCUGCCAGCCGCUGCGAAAACGAUAGUACAAUGUACGUACGUUGAUGAUAUGUUGUGUAGUGAGGAAACGGAAGAAAAGGUCAUCGAAUUGGCGAAAUCAGUCCGAUUUAUCCACGAGCAAGGCGGCUUCGAAAUCCGUAAUUGGACAUCAAAUUCGAGGUCAGUUCUGGCUGCACUUAAGAGUGAGACGUGUUUAUCAAAAAACCUCGAUCUAUCAUCUAGUCUGGCAACUGAAAAGGUUUUAGGCCUCUGGUGGUGUACCGAUUCAGAUUGCUUCACCUUUAGAAUAAAUUGCAGCAGAUUAGGAGAAGAUCUACUAAAGGCAAAGCGGCGUCCCACGAAACGGGAGGUUCUGCGAACUAUGAUGUCUAUAUAUGACCCGCUAGGUCUUGCAGCACAUUAUCUCAUGUAUCUCAAAAUGCUUUUCCAAGAGAUCUGGCGAUCUGGUGCUAGUUGGGACGACGAGAUCAAUCAGCAAUGCUUUGAAAAAUGGCAGACAUGGCCUAAGCUUCUACCCGAAAUAGAGAAUUUAAAGAUUCCACGAUGCUACAGACUCCGAACGUCAGCUGGUCAAGAAACGGAAAUUCAGUUGCAUACAUUCGUCGAUGCCGGUGAGAAUGGUAUGGCAGCCGCUGUAUAUCUUCGCUAUGCAGAGAAAGGGAAGGUCGAAUGCUCACUUGUUGGCGCGAGAACCCGCGUAGCACCGCUCAAAUAUCUCACCAUCCCAAGACUGGAGCUUCAGGCGGCGUGGAACGUGGCGGAUGAGGGAACAAAAUGGCAAAGUCGUCUAGUACUAACGAGUGACAGCAAAUGGUAUAAAGGACCUGACUUUUUCUAUCAACGCGAGGAAGAAUGGCCAGUGACACCGGACAAAAUGGUUGAACCUAUGGAUGAACUACGAGCGAAUAUUCACGUGCACACCGAGACUCAGAGGAUGGCAGUUCCGAUUAACAACUUUCAAAGUCUGAGAGGUAUGGUCCGAGCAACUGCACUCGCCAUUCGGUUUCUGAGGAACGCUCGUCCGAAAUGCUUCACUCGAAUUAGUGGUGGUCUAACCAGUGAAGAAAUCCGCAAUGCUGAGGUUUUCCAUUUCCAUGCUGCGCAACAGGACGCCUUCCGAGAAGAGCUUUCUGUUCUAAUGAAAAACGAUCCCAGGCUAUUACUUCCCAAACGAAGCCCGCUUUAUAAACUUAAUCCCUUUGUCGAUGAGCAUGGAUUGAUUCGUAUGCGAGGCAGAACCGGACUGUGCGAGUUUCUACCUCGGGAUGCUGUAAAUCCCAUAAUACUUCCUCGAGAACAUCCUGUCACACACCUUGUUGUCAAAAGCUACCACGAAAAGUUUCACCAUCGAAAUCAUGAAUCGGUCAUUAAUGAGAUCCGACAGAGAUUCUGCAUCAGUCGAUUACGCAGAGUAUAUGCGAAAAUAAGAUUCGACUGCCUACACUGCAAGCUGCGAGAUGCUCGCCCACGCCCUCCACAAAUGGCUGAUCUGCCUCGCUGUCGUUUAGCAGCGUUCGUUCGUCCGUUCACUCACACCGGGGUAGAUUACUUUGGUCCUAUGGAAGUUGCAAUUGGGAGGAGGGUUGAGAAGAGAUGGGGAGUUCUUUUUACAUGCCUAUCUAUCCGUGCUGUUCAUAUUGAAGUAGCUAGCUCACUUACCACAAACUCUUGCAUAAUGGCAAUAAGAAAUUUCAUUGCACGCCGAGGAACUCCAGCCAUAUUCUAUAGUGACCGGGGAACAAACUUUAUUGGUUCGGACCGCGAACUGAAGCAGGCAUUAGAAAAGGUUGAUCAACAUAAAAUGGCCCAAGAGUUUGUGUCCUCGGAGACAUCCUGGCGCUUCAAUCCUCCAGCAGCUCCCCAUAUGGGAGGGAGCUGGGAGCGACUUAUACAGUAUGUCAAGCGAACUUUAUCUGAGCUACACCUGUCUCCCCGCCCAAGUGAUGAAGGGCUCAGAAACGCGUUGAUCGAAGUAGAGGGUAUCUUGAAUGCCCGACCACUCACUCACGUACCCAUAGAAGACGAAGCCAGUCCAGCUCUCACUCCAAACCAUUGGCUUCUGGGAAGCUCAGAUGGGGCCAAGCCAUGGUCACUUCUCGAUGAGAACUCUAUUGCUUUGAGACGUGGUUGGCAUUUGUCCCAAAAAUUCGCAAACCAAUUUUGGACCAGGUGGCUUCUAGAAUACCUCCCAGAAAUUACCAGGCGCUCGAAAUGGCAUCGAAGGGUUCGGCCAAUCGCUGAAGGAGACAUCGUUCUAAUCGUCGAUCCAAACUCCCCAAGGAACUGCUGGCCAAAGGGGCGGGUCAUUGGUACAGUGAAUCGCGAUGGACAGGUACGGACUGUGACCAUUAAAACGUCAACUGGUAUAUACGAGAGACCAGCUGUGAAGGUGGCAGUGCUUAACAUAGAGCACGAGACAAAAUUAGCUGACUCAGAGGCGGAGUCAGCGAACUAG